ACGUCACGGGCAGGGUUUCGCUCCGCUCGCUGUUGUGCAAAGUACUGCUCCGGGGGGGAAAUGUGUAUCGGCCGGGCUGAGGGAGAGGGAGCUGCGGGCUGAAGUCGCAGGGAACAACCAGUCCAACAAACUCACGGGCGGGAGAACAGCGGCAGGACCAUGAGCGCAGUGGCCUGGACUCUGCUGCUGCUCUGGCAUCAAACUUGUGAGGGUGCAGCCGCGGAAUUCUCCUCGGGAGGAUGUACUUUUGAUAAUGGCUUGGAACUGUGCGAGUAUUUGCAAGAUCAGGAAGACGAUUUUGAUUGGAGGCAUGUCAGGACUGAAGAUACAUUGCAUUUGCAGCCCAGUGUGCCACCAGGAUCCUUCUUGAUGGUUGAUUCUUCCCAGCACGUGUCAGGAGAGAAAUCCCGGCUCUUGCUCCCACUCAUGAAAGAAAAUGACACUCACUGCAUCGAUUUCAGUUACUGGCUGUACAGUAAGGAUUACUCGAAUCCAGGAGCGCUGAACAUUUUUGUCCGAGUGAACAAAGGAGCUCUUGCGAAUCCCAUUUGGAAUGUGACCGGGUCUCAGGGAAGAGAGUGGCAUCGGGCUGAGUUGGCAGUUAGCACAUUUUGGCCGAAUGAGUAUCAGGUAAUCUUUGAAGCAGCUGUCUCUGACAAGCAAAGAGGAUAUAUCGCCAUCGAUGACAUCCAGGUGUUGAGCUACCCGUGUGACAAAUCUCCUCAUUUUUUGCGACUUGGAGAUGUGGAAGUAAAUGCAGGACAAAAUGCUACAUUUCAGUGCAUCGCUACAGGCAGGGACACAGUGAAUAACAAGCUGUGGCUACAGAGGCGCAAUGGGGAAGACAUCCCAGUUGCUCUGACAAAGAAUAUAAAUCACAGGAGGUUUGCUGCAACCUUCAAAUUGAAAGAAGUGAAAAGGGACGACCAAGAUUUGUACCGCUGUGUGACUCAGUCCGAAAGAGGUUCUGGUGUAUCGAAUUUUGCUGAGCUCAUUGUUAGAGAACCACCCAUGCCAAUUGCACCACCCCAUCUGCUUGGUGUUGGUCCUACCUAUCUGCUAAUUCAGCUCAACGCAAAUUCAAUUAUUGGUGAUGGUCCCAUCAUUCUGAAGGAAGUGGAAUAUUGUAUGACCAGUGGAUCCUGGACAGAAAUCCAUGCUGUAAAUGCUGCAACUUACAAGCUCUGGCAUCUGGACCCAGACACGGAAUAUGAAAUCAGAGUCUUGCUGACACGGCCAGGUGAAGGAGGAACGGGAUUACCAGGUCCCCCACUCAUCACUAGAACCAAAUGUGCAGAACCUAUGAGGUCACCAAAAAGCCUGAAAAUUUCAGAGAUAUAUGCAAGACACCUUGCAGUUGAACUGGAUUCUCUGGGCUACAAUGUCACACGGUGCCACACGUUCAACAUAACUGUGUGUUACCACUAUUUCAUUGGUCACAACAAAAGCAAAGCUCACUGCAUGGAAAUGGAUCAGAAAGCACCUCAUCACAUCAUUCGGAAUUUGCCGCCGUACACAAACAUCAACAUCAAAAUGAUUCUGACAAAUCCGGAAGGAAGGAAGGAAAGUGAAGAGGUUAUCAUUCAGACAGAUGAAGAUGUACCUGGUCCCAUACCUAGCGAUUCAUUGAAAGGAACACCAUUUGAAGACAAAAUCUUCCUGCACUGGAGUGAACCUGUUGAAGCAAAUGGUAUCAUCACACAAUAUGAGGUAUCUUAUAGCAGUGUGAGAUCAUUUGACCCUGCUGUUCAAGUGGCUGGCUCUGUUCAGAAGGUGUCUAAAUUAUGGAACAGUACACACCAUGUUUUCACGCAUUUGAAUCCAGGGACCACCUACCAGUUCUUUAUUAAGGCUAGCACUGUGAAAGGGUUUGGUCCCGCCACCGUCGUUAACAUUACAACUAAUAUAUCUGCUCCGACUCUGCCUGACUAUGAAGAUGCAAUUCUUAAUGAAACAGCAACCACAAUUACUGUCUUGCUGAAACCAGCACAGGCUAAAGGUGCUCCAAUCAGUGCCUACCAAGUUGUUGUCGAGCAAGUGAAUUCCCAAAGAUCUAAAAGGGAGGCAGGUGUGGCGGAGUGCUUCCGGAUUCCAGUGACCUAUCAGACUGCGACAGCUCGUGGAUCACCGUACUACUAUGCUGCAGAGAUUCCGCCUAGUGGGAUAGCUGAACAAACGCCCUUCACAGUGGGUGACAAUAAAACCUAUGAUGGGUUUUGGAAUCCUCCUUUGGCCCCCAGAAAAGGAUAUCACAUACACUUUCAAGCUGUGAGCAGUGUUGAAAAGGAGACAAAGACACAGUGUGUGAGGAUUGCAACAAAAGCAGCCACAACUGAAGAACCUGAGGUGGUCCCUGAUCCCAUCAAGCAAAGUGAUCGGGUGGUGAAAAUAGCUGGAAUCAGUGCCGGAAUUCUAGUUUUCAUUCUGCUGCUCCUCGUUGUGGUAAUGAUCGUUAAGAGAAGGAGGAGCUACUAUUCUUAUUCUUAUUACCUUAAACUUGCGAAGAAGCGCAAGGAUGCAGUAGGGAAUGCUCGGCAGGAGAUGACUCAUAUGGUGAAUGCCAUGGACAGGAGUUAUGCCGACCAAAGCACACUCCAUGCUGAUGAGCCUCUUUCCAUCACCUUCAUGGAUUCGCACAACUUCAGUCCAAGAUUGCCUAAUGAUCCACUGGUACCGACUGCGGUGUUAGUGCCCAUUGCUGAUGAAAACCAUACAGUUUCAGCAGAGUCAAGCAGGUUGCUGGAUGUGCCUCGCUUUCGUGGUGAGCACACAGAAUCUCCAUACCAGACUGGCCAGCUUCACCCUGCCAUUCGGGUUGCAGACUUAUUGCAACAUAUCAACUUAAUGAAAACAUCAGAGGGCUAUGGCUUCAAGGAGGAAUAUGAGAGUUUCUUUGAAGGGCAAUCUGCUUCUUGGGACGUUGCCAAGAAAGAUCAGAACCGAACAAAAAACCGUUAUGGAAAUAUUAUAGCCUAUGACCAUUCCAGAGUCAUUUUACAGUCUCUUGAAGAUGAUUCAACAUCUGAUUAUAUUAAUGCAAAUUACAUUGACAUAUGGCUGUACAGGGAUGGAUACCACAGGCCAAGUCAUUAUAUAGCUACACAAGGCCCAGUACAUGAAACUGUUUAUGACUUCUGGAGAAUGGUCUGGCAAGAACAAUCAGUUUGUAUCGUUAUGGUCACAAAUCUGGUGGAAGUUGGAAGAGUGAAAUGUUACAAGUAUUGGCCAGAUGAUAGUGAAGUUUAUGCAGAUUUCAAAGUUACAUUUGUGGAAGAGGAGCCUCUUGCAGAAUAUGUUGUUCGAACAUUUACAUUGGAAAGGAGAGGCUUUGAUGAAAUUCGUGAAGUGAAGCAGUUCCAUUUCACUGGCUGGCCUGAUCAUGGUGUUCCUUAUCAUGCAACUGGUCUACUAGCAUUUAUCCGCCGUGUGAAAAUCUCAAAUCCCCCAGGAGCGGGGCCAGUAGUUGUACAUUGCAGUGCUGGGGCAGGAAGGACCGGCUGUUAUAUUGUUAUAGAUAUCAUGUUAGACAUGGCAGAGCGAGAAGGAGUUGUUGAUAUCUAUAACUGUGUUAAAGCAUUACGAUCGAGGCGCAUUAAUAUGGUUCAGACAGAGGAACAAUAUAUAUUCAUUCAUGAUGCUAUUCUGGAGGCUUGUCUGUGUGGGGACACAUCAAUACCAGUCUGCGAAAUCAAGCAAGCCUAUUACGAAAUGAUACGAGUUGAUUCACAGAGUAACUCUUCGCAGCUUAAAGAUGAAUUUCAGACCCUAAAUUCUGUAUCUUCACAACUACAACCCGAAGACUGUAGCAUUGCUCUUCUUCCCAGGAAUCAUGAGAAGAAUCGAUACAUGGACGCAUUGCCACCAGACAGAUGCCUGCCAUUUUUAAUUACCAUAGAUGGUGAAAGCAGUAACUACAUUAAUGCUGCUCUUAUGGAUAGCUACAGACAACCGGCUGCCUUUAUCGUGACACAGCAUCCUUUACCAAACACAGUCAAAGAUUUCUGGAGACUGGUCUAUGAUUAUGGCUGCACUUCUGUUGUCAUGCUGAAUGAGUUGGACCUUGUUCAGGGAUGCCCACAGUAUUGGCCAGAAGAGGGGACACUUCGAUAUGGGCCUAUUCAAGUUGACUGCGUUUCUUGUUCGAUGGAUUGUGAUCUAGUAAGUCGGCUCUUCAGGAUAUGCAAUCUUACAAGGCCACAGGAAGGUUAUCUCAUGGUGCAGCAGUUCCAGUACUUGGGAUGGGCUGCUCACAGGGAAAUACCCGCCUCGAAGCGAUCAUUUUUGAAGUUAAUUCUCCAGGUUGAUAAAUGGCAAGAAGAAUGUGAAGAAGGAGAAGGACGAACUAUUGUUCACUGUCUAAACGGAGGAGGCCGGAGUGGAAUGUUUUGUGCCAUUAACAUUAUUUGUGAAAUGAUCAAAAGGCAAAAUGUAGUCGACAUUUUCCAUGGAGUAAAGACGCUUCGAAACAGCAAACCAAAUAUGGUGGAAACCCUGGAUCAAUAUCGAUUCUGUUACGAUGUUGCUUUGGAAUACCUUGAAUCAUCUUAGUGAUUACAUUUACAUCAGUACAGAUUUGUGCUAAAUUUGGAUGAGAAAUUAUCACUAAUGCUGCGCAUGAAGAGUACACAUUUAAUUGAGUUUUUUUAAAACUAGCUUAAGUAUUCUGUUAUACAAAGAGUCGUAACUAUGAUGACAGUGUAUUUGUGUGUCCAGGCUAUUACCAGACAGCAUUUGGUGCCAUCAUAACAAUAUGAUCUGACUCUAGAUUUCAUUGCUCAGUGAUAGGCUAAAAAAACUCAAGUGUUGGUCAAGAACAGUUUUGGAUUUUUUUUUUAUCCGAACAAAACAACAUGUAGUUCUGCAUGCACAAGUUUGAACGCUGUGAUGCUACAUCUUGUUUUCAACCAAGCUCAUUUAAAAGCAGAAUUGUGCACAGACUGCGACUGUAUAUGAGCUAAUAUCUGGCUGGCUUAUUAAAGUUUAAUGUGUGAUCUUUGGAAUCACACAGGGUAAUUUGUAAUGCAACUUUUAUUAUAAGCCAAAGAUGAGUGUAAAUAUGUCUAUAUGAAGAAAGCACAUUGUAUUUAUUAUUUGCUUGUAAACCUAUUUGAAAGCUGAACAAUCAUUUCUUACAGAAUUUUUUUUGAAAGAGCUUUUAAGUUUGGAUGUUUUUAAAUAGUUUACUUUUAUAUGUAGUGGUUGGUGUGGGUAACUGGUCAUAUUUUAAUUCAUUCAUAGAAUUGUUUACAUUGUGUGCUGGUUAAUUGCUAACCUAUUUGAAUAAAGAAGAUUGAUAUAGUUGGGAGGCCUCUAAACUUGGACCAAAUGCAGAUUUUUCCUCCUAUAUGAGACAUUCUGAAGUUUUGUUUCUCCACAUGUGUUAGCAAACUAGUUUAAAUAAAGCUAUGUGUGACUUAUUGUCAGCUGUACCUCGUGCUUAAAAGCCUAUGUUGAUGAAUCAUGACUUCUAAUAGUUGAGGCAGUAUUAUAGAUAGCUUACGACAAGAAAUGAUUAUCAGAAGGAAACAAUGUGUUCUAAAUCUGUCUAAAGGUAAUCUAGCAGGGCAAUCAGUGCAAGAAUAAUACUGUUUAGGAUGAAAGAUGUAAUGAAUUAUACACUUGCGAUGUAUUUUCUGAGUUAUUCUAAUGCUGUAUAAAGAAAAUCAAGAUGACUUUGGGUAUUGCAGAAUAAAUGAUCAUAUAAAGGCAUCGGGAGAUUUGAGGUGUUGAUUGCUUGUGAAGAGAUGUUCUGGUAAUGUGCUUGCUCUUCCUGUAACUAAAAGAGUCUGUUGCACCACAUCAUUUUUUAAGUUGUGUGCGUAAGCUGAAGAUAACCAUUUCCAUGGAAAUGGCACUGGACUUUAUAUUUUAAAAAAAAGAAAAAGUGGUGGGUAAGUACGAAGUGCAAUCAGAAUCAGGCUUAUUAUUGUUUUGCAGCAGAGCUUGGAAAAAGCGACGCAACAGACUUUUAACAUCAUAAAUCAGCGAUUUGUUUGUUAUGUUCCCCCUCUCACUGUGAAACAGGCACAGCUCUUUUUCCCUUAUUAGGGAGAGAGCGAGCCUAUGGUAUGUUGAAUUACUGGGUGAACGAGUAGUUUAUGGUGUGCUGCAAGUCUGUGUCUUUAUUGAUGCUUUGCUGCACGCUUGAGUGCUCCGAGGGGGGAUGCUGAUGCUUUUUUGCUGGUGGGCGUAAGGGGAGCUGUUGCCUUGCUGAUGCUUGUGCAUGGGAAGGGGGAACUGGGGCUUUGGGCUUCUAACGUUUAACUGUCAUUCAUUCUUUUGGUAUUCAUUUUUGUGGAUACCUGCAAAGAAAAAGAAUUUCGAUAUGUAUAUUGUAUACAUUUCUCUGACAUUAAAUGCACCUUUGAAAUCUACUAUCACUGACAUAUGUUGUGAAUUUGUUGUUCUGCAGCAGCAGUACACUUCCAAAAAAUUAAAAAUUAGCAUAAAUAAAGAUCAAACACAGUGCAAAAAGAGAGCAAAAUAGCGAUAUGAUGUUUGUGGACCUUGCGGUAAUCUGAUGGCAGAGGAGUGAAAGCUAUCCUCAAACUCCUGUACCACCUCCCUGAUGGUAGUAAUGAGAAGAGGGCAUGUUCUGAAUGGUGAGGGUCCUUAAUGAUGGAAACUACAGUUGCCAGAAAGAAGAAAGAAAGUGAUCCAUAGCAGCAGGCACAAAAUGCUGGAGGAACUCAGCAGGCCAGGCAGCAUCCAUGGGAAAGAGUAAUCAGUCAACAUUUCGGGCCAAGACCCUUCUUCAGGAAGGGGGAGAUGCCUGAAUUAAAAGGUUGGAGAAGGAGAAAGAGGCUAGCUGGAAGGUGAUAGGUGAAGCCAGGAGGGUGGAAAAGGUAGGAAAGGAGAGUGGAUAAUGGGAGAAAGGGGAGGAGGGGACCCAGGGGGAACUAAUAGGCAGGUGAGAAGAAGCAGAAGGUCAGUUUGGGCAAUAGAGGAAGGGGAAGGAAAUUUAAAUCAGGCAUUGGCCCCCUUCCCUCUCAGUCCUGAAGAAGGGUCUCGACCCAAAACAUCAACUGUUUACAGUUUUCCAUCGAUGCUGCCUGACGACCUGCUGGAUUCCUCCAACAUUUUGUGUGUGUUGCUCUGGAUUUCCAACAUCUGCUGAAUUUCUGUGUUUGAGAAAAUUAUCCUUUUUUUUUCAACUCACAUACUUACAAUAGCAAACCACAUGGUAGCUGCAUCUGUGGGAAAGGAAACAAGAGUCAUCAAGACCCUUUCUCAGAACUGAAAAAGAGACGGAAGAGUAUGCAUGCAGUUUCUCCGAUGUAGAUGUGACCACACUGUGAACACAGACUGAAAGAAAUGCAAAUGGAUCACAAAUUCAUCCGGAAGGACUGUUUAGACCCGUGGAUGGUAGGAAGAGAAAAGAUGAAAAGUGUGUAUUCAUCCUGUGUUCCCUCUGCAUGCUGAUCUUCAUCAGGUAUCUGGCUUCGGAGUCCAGUUCACUGAUUUGCACUAAUAGCAAUGACUAAACGUCCAUGUUCAGUGAGGCGUUGACAGUUACGCACUGUGGUGAUAUUGAACAACAGCAGUUUUACCACCAUUCUCUUGUAAAUUAUGAGCUUCGUGUUGAACUGCUAACUACACCUCAAGUCCUUUGUUGGAGACCAUGUAAACUGGGGUUGUUAGCAAAACACUGAAAAAUCGAAGUUUAGUGUUCAUAAAAGUCAUACCUUGACGGUAAGCAUGAUUACAAGAACAAUGUGAUUUGCAUGAUAUGAUGGCUUUUAUGGCAUUGUUUUCUGAACAGCUAAAAAGUGUGACUAAGUAUUUGGCAAUUUCAUCCAGAUGAAUUUGGCAUUAUAAAAGUUAAUGUCAUUAUAAAAUGCCCUUAAACUUUAUAAUGCCAAAUUCAUCUGUACAUGGCAUUAUAAAAUUUAAGGAUAUGAGCUAAUGAAGCAAACAAAGCAACACACACAAAACGCUGGAGUAACUCAGGAGGCCAGAAAGCAUCUAUGGAAAUGGUCAACAAUUCAGGCCAAGACCCUUCAUCAGGAGGCUCUCAGCCUGAAAUGUCAACUGUUUCCAUAGAUGCUGCCUGGCCUGCCGAGUUCCUCCAGCAUUUUGUGUGCGUUGCUUGGAUUUCCAGCACCUGCAGAUUUUCUCAUGUUUGUGAAGCAAAUGGAAUAUUGAGGCACAAGACAGCAGAUGCUGUAAUCUGGGGCAAAAUAUUGUGAUUAAAAUCUGCAAAGCGCCUGCCUCAGGACUGAGAGUGUGGUAGGAAGAUGGUCAGUAUAAAUUAGUGAGAGGGGUUUUUGAGGCAGAACCGUGUGUGGACAGGAAUGAUGGGCAGAUGGAGCCGGGUGGGGGAGGGGAGAGAGGAGGUAGAGACAGAGGCCAGAAAGUGAUAGGUGGAGAUACUUGAAUCUGAUAAUUAAGAGAGGGGAAACCAGGUAAGGCAGUGAAUACUCGCAGGUUGGAGCAGUUGCAGAAUAACAAAAGUAACAAAAUAUUGAGAUUCUUUUAAGAAAUCUAUAUACAAAAAUAAUCCCUUCAACAAUAUUCUCAAUUUUUGACGAUUGAUGGUAUUUACAAAGUACCAUCCCUGUACGUACUUCUCAAGAAAAUUUUCACUCAUGCAGGACAUUUUUGUGGAGAUGUAUCUUAAAAAUCUUUUUAACAAAUGCAGAGUUUUAAUGUUCCACAGUCAAAAUUCAGUGUCAUUUGGGAAUAUUCAUGAUGAAUUACAACUGUGGAAUGUAAUACAAUUUAUGGUAUUUACAAAUGUAAUAACUUCUAGUUGUUUUAAGUGUGUUUGAAACAUGAACCUUUGGGGAUACCAGUGGUUUUCUUGUCGGUUACACAAAUCUUUUUCCGUCUGUUCAAAACAAGGUGUAUUAUGAUUUAUUAAUAAAUCACAGUAGAUACUGUUUAAUUGAGCAUACUUUAUGUCAGUAAGCAUUAGAAAUUUUGUAAUGGAGAAUUCCCUGUGGUUACAUAUUACAAUGUUCAGGCUGUUAUGCCUUACAAAAUGCAAUUGAAUUCUUAUGAGAGUCUCAUUAUUAUUCCCUUAUUCAAAAUUCCACAAGAUAUUUUUGAAAAUGUUUCAUUCCCAUACUCCAAAUUGUAAUGCCAGAAAAACUGGAUACUUACCUGGGUUGUAGUCUGUAAUC